CUUAAAUUACUUGAAAAUCUCGAAAACCAUAUAAACUCUACUGGCUGGUCGAAAGAAGUAACAACCAGUGAAAUCAAAAUAUUUGUAUAUAUUAUUUUCCAAACCCUUAACCCCUUUAUCACCCUUCAAUUCUCUCUUUGUGCUUUGUACUAGAGUAGUGUUAUAGCUUCAAACACCUCCAUCAUAUCGAUCGGGUGUUCUGGAAACGGGUCAACGAUCAAAAGUACAAUAUGAUGAGCCAAAGAUCAUUAAUCUAUUAUCUAUCGGAGCACCCUUCGAUAGUUGGAUUCAGGUGGAGCCACACCCAAUCGUGGGGUUCCACCUGGUCUUUCCUUUUCUCUUCGAUCUUCACAUACAUCGUUCUAUCGCUCUUCCUCCGCCUUAUCAUCUACUAUCGCCGCAAACCCGUUCCCCUAGGCCCAAUCCCCGCCCUCCACUCUCUUUUCAUGGCCUUCAUCUCCCUCACAGUUUUUACGGGUAUCCUAUUCUCUGCGGCAGCAGAGAUUCGUGAUACCCGGUGGUUCUGGGGACGUACCAGAACCACACCUUUCCAAUGGUUUCUUUGUUUCCCUUUAGGUACCCGGCCUUCAGGCAGGGUCUUUUUUUGGUCAUACAUAUUUUACUUAACCCGCUUCCUCCACACAUUCCGUACCUUUUUUGCGAUCCUACGUCAUCGCAAUCUAUCCUUCUUUCGUCUAUUCAACCACUCAAUCCUUAUCCUCAUGUCAUUUUUAUGGCUCGAAUUUUCCCAAUCGUUCCAAAUUUUGGGUAUCCUGUUAACAACAUCAAUAUACUCUGUUGUGUACGGAUAUCGCUUUUGGACCGCAAUCGGUCUACGAGGAGCAUGUUUUCCAUUUGUUAUAAACUGUCAAAUGUUCCUGCUAAGUUGCAACGUCAUCUGUCACAUUGGUGUUCUGCUUCUUCAUUUUAAAAAAGGUGGAUGCAAUGGAAUUGGCGCAUGGGGGAUCAACUCGGUGCUCAACGUCGCAAUCUUGCUACUUUUUGUAAACUUUUACUUAAAGAGUCAUUUAAAAAGACCACGGCGGGCAACCAGAGUGGUGACGUGAUUAUAAAAAACCAUAACGUUGGUUGUGCUACUGUGGAAAGUGUUGAUGGAUGAAUUGGGUGUAGCGAAAAGAGAAAGAUACGUGAGAGGGUCAUGUGUGGCCCCGUUAUUUUUUCUCUAUGUAAUUUAGUGUUAGAUUUAUUUUUUGUAUACUUAAUUUAUUUUUGGUAGUGGGCCGGCGGUGGUGGAGCAAUAAAAUAAAACCAUCCGUUGGUUAAAUAUAUAUAUGUCUAAUUUAUUAAGAAAGGGACGGGAGAUUAUAUGUACAAUAAAAAUAUGUAUAUACAAUAAAAAUAUUAUGUAUAUAUAUAGUUUCAGAGACAGUAGAAUAUUAAGGGUAUGUUUGGUAAAAGUAGUUGUAGCUUGUUAUUGUAGCUUUUAAUUAAAGUUGUAAGCUGUAACUUUUAGUUGGAGUUGUAAGCUGUAACUUUUAUAUUUUUAAAGUGUUUGAUAUGGUAUCUGUAA